CAACACGAUAGCCCCCAAAUUUCCCCCAGCUCCCCUUCCGUUCCGUCCCGAUUCGUUGCCUCGUCUGUCUCGCGCCGCAGACCAAACCCCAAGUCCCCAACCCCACUGCCCACACUCACCAGCCGCAGCCGCAGCCGACGACACGAACCCCAGCCGCUGCCCACACUUCUCCGGGAACCAACAAAUUCCCUCCAUCCCCAUCAUCUCACAGUUCAUCAGUGGCGAGUCCAGUCCAGGCAAGUCGUCUCGUCGCCGCGCCUCCUCGGUGACCCAGCCAGCGCCAACGGUUGUUUACUGCGCGCGCGACCACCGCUGUCAGACCAGACCAGAGCAGUUACCUACUCCACUGCUCCCUCUCGCUAAUCCCCGGUACUAAUCUCCCUCUCCCACUCCAAAUCCCCCACCACAACCCCUAACCCCGUCGCUGUCCCCUCGCGGAUCGCCGAUCACCGCCAUGUCGUCUUCCUCCUCCUCCCCCUCCCCCUCCCCGUGCGCCGACAGCCGGAACCCUAGCCCCCACCCGGCGGGGGCCCGGCCGUGGCCGGCCAGGCGCCGCUGCCACGACGUCUUCUGGCUCGUCCUCUUCCUCCUCCACCUGCUCCUCUUCGGCGGCAUCCUCGCGCUCGCGGGCCUCAACCGCUUCCGCAUAGCCGACCGCUUCAACAUCACCCCGUACCUCCAGCACGGCCACCCCAACACCACCACCAGCAACAACCACACCGCCGCCGCGCCGCCCGCCGCGGGCGCGCCGGAGCCCGCCACGCCAGGACCCGUCGUCACCGUGUCCAAGCACAAGGCGCAGCCGUCCGAGCUCACGGAGACGUACUGGAAGUACUACGGCGCCGCGGGGGGCGUGGGCGCGGCGCUCGCGUGGGCGUGGCUGGCCGCGGCCGCCGGCAAGAGGGACGGCGGAAGGGUCGUCAUGCGCGCCGCCGUGCACAGCCUCACCGCCUACCUCGCCGUCGUCAGCGUCCUCUGCUUCUGGGGCGGCCACCUAUUCUGGGGCGUCGCGCUCGCCGUCGGCGCCGCGCUGCACUUCCUCUACGUCAUGUCCGUCAUUGACAGAUUUCCGUUCACAAUGCUAGUACUUCAGAAGGCAGUAAGGAUGGUAUGGGAACUUCCUGAUGUGAUGAGAGUAGCAUAUGCAUUUGUACUGGUAAUGCUUUGUUGGAUGGCAUUAUGGUCCUUUGGAGUUUCUGGUAUUGUUGCUAUGGAGAUACCUAACCGUGGGCAAUGGUGGCUUGUUUUGGCACUAUCAGUCAGUUUAUUUUGGAUGGGAGCUAUCCUUAGUAAUACAGUCCAUGUCAUAGUAUCUGGGAUGGUGUUCCUUGUUCUCAUUCAUGGUGGACAGGCGGCUGCAUCAAUGCCCCCAAAACCACUUCGAAAGUCACUUCAGUAUGCUGUAACAACUUCAUUUGGAAGCAUUUGCUAUGGAUCACUCUUUACAGCUGCCAUUAGGACUCUACGCUGGGAGAUCCGAGGGAUUCGUUCUAAAAUUGGUAACAAUGAAUGUCUGCUGUGCUGUGUUGAUUUUUUCUUUCAUAUUGUGGAGACGCUUGUUCGUUUCUUCAACAAAUAUGCAUACGUGCAGAUAGCUGUCAACGGACAGAGUUUCAAUCGUUCAGCUAGGGAUGCUUGGGAGCUGUUCCAGUCAACCGGCGUUGAAGCACUUAUUGCUUAUGAUUGUUCUGGUGCUGUUCUUCUGAUGAGCACAAUAUUAGGUGGGUUAAUUACAGGAACUUGUACGGGUGUUUGGACAUACUACACACAAAGUGAUAAAGCCAUUAUUGUUGGCUCCACCUCUAUGCUGAUUGGCAUGAUACUGGUUGGCCUGACUGUUGUGGUUGUCGAAAGCGCAGUUACAUCAAUAUACAUAUGCUAUGCUGAGGACCCGCUUUUAAUUCAGAGAUGGGAUCCUGAAUUUUUUGAACAAAUGUCAGAGACACUACACCAGCGACUACAGUAUCGAAGCUCCCGAGUCCGCCAAAUACUGAACGGUCGUCUUGAUCAUUUGCCAAGUACAUCAAGUAUUUGAAUCUCUUGUCCGAUAUGUCAUUUUCGUUAACCCGUUGAAAGCGCAGCAGCCAUUUCCAGAACAAGAAGUUUUGGAUCCUUCUGCCAUCAAAAUAUAGACCAAGGAAGGUUUGUCUGCCAAUGAAAUAUAGAGAAUGAAGCGCCCCAGCAAUUUUGAGGCCUUCAAAAGCAACUGUCCCAAUCAAAUAGUAGUAUGUUCAUAGUUUAUUGAGUUACUGCGGGGAGUAUGUUCAUAGGUAUGUAGAAUUUCAAUGCCAGCUUUUGUUUAUCAGGGCACUGUGUGUGCAGCAGGGGGGGAGGGGGGGAGGGGAAUGAGAGAAAAAAGAACUUAACCCGUUUCAUACCUCGGGUUUUAUAUCAGGUGGGCUCCCUGGCAAUGGAUUGCUGGAGCGAUCACUUUCCUUGGUGCGGCAGCGCUUGCGUCAUCCGCCAAAUCAAUUCCCUUUUUGUCUUAUAGUGUUUAAUUACGUUCACAUAUAGCUUUGUGUUCACACUAAUAGCUCACGUUCCCACUUGCAAGUUCCAUACAGCCAAGAGCGUUCA